AUGUAUUUUCAGAGCAUGCUUGAAGAUUUAUUAAUUCAUAAGCCAGAGGAGCCCAUUCAGUAUAUGAUAAACUAUUUAAAGCAAAACAAUGAUGAUGCUCCAAAAAUUUGUAUACUUGGUCCACCUGCUUCUGGGAAAACUACAGUUGCAAUGAGGCUUUGUAAACACUUGGAUGCCAUACGUGUGUCUCAGGAGACUUUGUUAUUCAAGGAAGCAUUACCACUGACAAAAGAAGCAAAGGCAUAUAAAAAAAGAAAGCAGAAAAUCCCCAACGCACUUUGGGCCAAUCUGAUCCAGGAACGUCUGUCAAACGUGGACUGCAUCAAACAAGGUUGGAUUUUGGAAGGCUUCCCUGAAAACCAGGAACAGGCAUGGAUGCUGCAGUCAUCUGGCGUCAUUCCUACGCACGUUGAGGUGUUCCACACCACCUUCGACUGGCCGCGCGACCCUCGAGUGCAGCAGCGCCUGGUGAAACCAGAGGAUGCGUCUGAACAAGAGAUAUCCAGGAAGCUGCUGCGGUAUCAUAGAAGCUUUCCUGGAGUCUUCCAAGCCUACCAAAAAGUUCUGAAAUCAAUCAAUGCAGACCAGCCUUGUGUGGAUGUUGUAUCACAGGCUCUCACCUAUGUCCAAACCCGGCACCGAUCGGCUGCCCCCUUCACACCACGGAUUCUCUUUUGUGGACCCCCAGGCAGUGGGAAGCGCCUGCAGGCAGCACUAAUAGCUCAGAAAUACAGCAUUGUCAACAUUUGCUGUGGGCAACUGCUAAAGGAAGCUGUUGCAGAGAAGACAAAACUUGGAGAACUCGUUAAGACUUAUUUUGACAAUGACCGCCCAGUCCCAGACAACCUCGUUGUAAAGAUCGUGGCCAAGCGGCUGAACACGCUGGACUGCGUGACCAACGGUUGGGUGCUCUGCGGUUUCCCAAGGGACGUAGAGCAGGGAGAACAGCUGCAAAGAGCAGGAAUUAUUCCAAACAGGGUGUUCUUCUUCAGUCUCCCCUACGAGUCCAUCAUGGAACGUCUGUCUCAGCGGAGGAUUGAUCCAGUCACCGGGGAAAGGUAUCACACUACAUUCAGACCAGCUCCAGCUCUGAAGAUCCAGGCCCGUCUCAUGCAGAACCCUAAAGACAAGGAAGAAAAUAUCGAGAGGCGCCUGGAAGCCUAUUACAGAAAUGCCAAGGAACUGGAGGAGUUUUAUGAAGAUGCUUUUUACAUCAACGCUGACCAAGACCCUCGAGUUGUCUUUGAGUUUAUAGAGAGCUGUAUCAUUAAACCCCUUCCACGUAAGUCCUGA